AAGUUUAGCGCAAAAUUAGAGCCCAAAGCAUAGGAUCUCUAGCAACAGCAGCGCACCAAACUGGAGCGGCACUCUUAAGAAGAUCCCCGUUUGGUCACAAGAUGUCCGGAUUCCAGGAAGGUAGCGAGAAGAUGCACGAGGUGUCUCCUGUUGCGGCCAACGCCAACGGCACCGAAGCAGGAGCGGCGCCGACACAAGCACCGGAACCGGAACCGGCGGCGGCGGCGGCGGCGGCGGCUGCUGCUGCAACGGGAGCAGCUCCCGCCGAAGGGGGCGAGAAGAAGCUGUCCAAGCGCUCACCUAAAGCGGAAGCCCUAGCAUAA